AUGACGAAGCGCACCAAGAAGGUCGGCAUCGCCGGUAAAUACGGAACGAGAUACGGUGCUUCUCUGCGUAAGCAGAUCAAGAAGAUCGAGACUCAGCAGCACGCCCGUUACACCUGCACCUUCUGCGGUAAGAACACCGUGAAGCGCAAGGCCACCGGUAUCUGGGAGUGCCACGGCUGCAACAAGACCGUCGCCGGCGGUGCCUACGCCGUUUCCACCCCCGCUGCCGCCGCCACCCGCUCCACCAUCCGUCGUCUCCGUGAGAUUGCUGAGGUUUAA